AUGGUGGAUGAGAGUUCUGGGCAAGAAGGAAGAAGCGUUACAGGCAGCACAGGUCACCUGUUCGAUGAAAUGUGUCAGAGGCUAGAGCUUGCAGAAACUCCAUUCAUGUUUUUCCUUGACAUUUGUUCAUGGGUUGAUUCUAGACCAAACACUAAAUUAGGUUGGAAGUUACCAGCCCAAAAUCCCCUAGGCGCAGUCGCCGUCCGGCCGACGGCAGAAGCCACCUGCUCGGCAAUCACCCGCAGAUCCGGCGACAUCCCCACCGGUCGCCGCGGCAGCCUCCGUCUGCUUCCCAAUUCGUCACGGAUCCCAGGAGGAAGAUGGAUACGACGGGCAAGCGCCCCGCCGCCGUACCUCCCGGCGGAGCUCAUCCCGGACAUCGCGAGGCACCUCAAGACCCUCCAGGACUUCUUCUCCCUCCGCGCCGCCCUGCCUCCCUGCCGCGCCGUCCUCGCUGCGCAGCCGCCGCACCUCCUGGUGCCCCAGCACUCCCCAUCGCGCUCGCAGCUCACCCUCGUCCACCUCCCGCGCCGCCUCCUCCUCCGCUUCCGUGAGCCCUCCCCCAUCUCCAGCGCAGUCCUCGCCUCCGACGGCGCCCGCUUCGUCACCUACGACCACCUCGCCGGCGAGCUCGCCGUCACCCACCUCCUCUCCGGAGAGCGGGUCCGCGUCCCCGACGCCCCUUCCCUGUUCCCACGCCGUCCUCGCCGGCGACCUCGUCCUCCUCAUCGCUCCCGGGUGGGUCCAUUACUGCCGGCUCAGCGACGGUCGAUGGCGGGAGGCGUAUUGCCGGGUCGGGGACGACGGUCCUGGCGCGGGGCGUCCUUCAAUGGCCUGCACAUGAUGGUCGACAUGUCGCUCUGUGAAUGGCGUCCUCUAUGUGCUCUCAACACGAGCCAGCUCGCCGUUGCGGAGCUACUGGACAACAAGGUCUAG